UUGCCAUUCAACAAGAGGCAAAGCUGGCCAGCGCCCCUUUGCGGGGUUCACCGCCUCGAGGCUCGUUGUCGCUUGUUGUUGUUCCUGGUGACUCUGAGAUUGUUAUUGUUCUCUCUUCCUUCUCUUCCCUGUCCACGACGUGCCCCCACGCCUCCGAUAUUCACCCUGAGAUCUUAGAUUCCCCUCCUCUUCCUCUCCCUUCCCGCCCCCUACAUUGGCGUACCCCUCAUUGCCCAGCGUUUCCCUGUACGACCAUCAGCUGCACCGGCCUCCCGAGCGCACCGCCUCUACUGGGUAAUGGCGAGCGUAGUGCAGCAUUCUCACCUACAUCAGCUCAAUCGUUUUGCCAGAGGACUGUAUGGGUCUAAUUCCAUCAUCUAGGUGAUCCCUUUGGCCAUUCCUUUCACGAAAACCAGACCCCAGUGAUCAGCCUCGUUUUACGUGUCCUCCCGAGGGUUCCUGACAGUGAACUUGCAUGUCGAUACCAGACUCUCUCCUAGCUCAGCGCCAGUCUCCAAGAUCACAUACAAACGCCGGCGCAUCCCUGUCUGCCCAGAUCAGCAAGGAGCGCAGUCCCAUCAUGUCCCAGCCCCACCCCUACGCGAUCACGCCUCGUGAUGUCUACAGAGACUAUCCCUCCUCUCUCCCAUCUGCCGCCGCUUCCUCUUCGCGGUCCCCUACUCCAUCAGUCUACAUAUCUCCCCCGGGACAAUCCUUCCGAAGCUACCUUGAACGAUGGGGUCCCGACGAGGUUGCCGCGUGGCUCGAACACUACAAAGUUGGCCAAUACGCCAACGAAUUCCAAAAGAACAAUUUAGUGGGAAAGACAUUGCUGGAUAUUGAUGUUGGGAUCAUGAAGGAGAUAGGGAUGAACAGGUUGGGAGACAGGGUCAAGCUGGCGGCGGCGCUCAAGGAGCUGAGGAGGAGGGCGGCAGAGCUGGGGACGGCGAGCCGGAUGGGAAGCCCGAAUGUACACCUCUCGCCGAUGUUGUCGAGGGUGGAACUCGAGAAGCCUCCCUUGCCCUCGUCGUCCACCCGUACCCAGGCGAGUCGCGCGGGGGCAAACCCGACGAGGCGGCUAGAUAUGUCGAGACCACCGCCUCUAGACCUGAAAAGUUACUCGCCUUCCCAUGCUUUACCACAGGCGUAUCAGACGAACUACGCUUCGACCCCUCCUCAUCGUUCCAACUCUGUCCACCCACCACAAGCUUCCCAACCCUCGCAUUCUGUCCCUGCCCCGAAUAGGGCGCCUACGAACCUCCGCGCUCCUCCACGUCGAGAAGGCGGACGCCGGUCACCCAGCCCGAUCAAUCCACCCGACUCUAGUCAUUCUAGCCAUGACCGCCUCGAACACUCUUCAGCCGCCGAGUAUGCCAGUAUGGUCGCUCGAGAGCAAAUGCACGAUAGCCUGUCUACGCCCACGGUCCGUGCGUUCCAGGAGAGAUCGCAAGGAAAGCCUCCGCCUAGAGGCGAUUCGUUGUCGAGGUCGGGUAGCGGCCAGAGCGGGCCGAGUAGUCCUCAGAAGAAGCAGUUCUUGCCGGCGAAUCCGAGGCCUAUGAAUCAGCAGAAUGGGAAACAUCCUUACGCUGUGAAGAAGGAGCAAGAUGGGGAGGCUUCAAGGACUCCUGUUCGACCUUCCGUCUCCCGCCAGCCGACGUCUACGGGUACGCCGAAUGCCAUCUCUUUGGACGACCUCCGACGUCAGCUGGUCAAGUUUGUGAAUGUCGAAGAUGGCACUACCAGGACGGUCAAUGUCGUCCAAGUAGCCAGCGGUGUCGAGAUCCUGGAGAGGGCGCUAAAGAAGUUUGGGAAGUGGGGGACAGGGAAGGCGACGUACAAGGGGAGAGACCAUGAGAGUGAUGACGAGCAUGAGGGGCAUCUGGAGAUUGAUGGCUGGGGAGUUUAUGUGGAGAGCAACCCGGAUGAACGAGCAAAACCUCUAUCCGAAAACAACCUCCUCAACAUCUGUGUAGCACACCGAGACGGAACUGCCAUCCGCGACAAAGAGCUCUUCCUUCACCAAGCCCGCCCCCCACAACGGCGCAAGAAUAUCCACGACUUCUUCGGCGACGUCCCUCCUCCUCCCAUGUCCCCUGCAUCCCCCAACUUCUUCCCUGGCCCUCGACUGGGCAUAACGACCGACAAGCGCACCCCAAUGUCUCCUGAUGAGCCGGGCAGCGCGGGGAGUGGUCCUCUGUCGGCGCUCAAGCCGUCAGCUCUGUCGAAUAAGCGCCUGAACAGGGCGAGUAUGAUUAGUGUCAUGUCUGGUCUCGGAGUACCGAAUGUCGAGGUGCCACCUUCGCCUUCCAACACUCGUUCACCGUCUUCAGGCACACCGCCGUACAAGAAGAAGUCAAUGUACAACUUUUUCGGACAUCGACCGCCUUCCGAGCUCAUUUCGAGCCACUUGACAGACUAUUUCCCCGGUGCGAAGAAGAGGGAUGUGGAAAAGGCGAGGCAUAGUCUGCUGCGGCUCAGUACUGGGCCGAAGGCGAGGUGGCAAGACCAAGCAGAGAUGCCUGCGGUGGUACCCGGGAAGGGAGAAGAGAUCAUCUCUGAGGAAGUGGUGUCGAGUGGGAAUAGGAGAGGGCCGCGGAUCAGUCAACCGCCUUCGCUACCCCCGUUCGAACCCCAAGACUCUCUUACCGACUCUCUCCAAGCCUUCUCUCCUCGAGAGCCGUCCUACCCUCGCCCCAAAUCGAUCCGCAUGCGCAAAAACUCAUCCUCAUCGUCCUCUGGUCUUGGCAAUGCGGCUAGGAGGGUGUCGGUGCUGUCGCAGCUGAGGAAGAAUAGGGACAAGAGCGAUACGGCCAGUCUGCUGACGGUGGAUGAAAUUACCGCGGAGGUGGAGCAGAGGAGGGCGAGUAUGGUCAGUGUACCGGGCAUACAGGUUGGGGAACCGGUGGGCGAGUCCAGGGAAGAAGCGGAGGAGGUUCUGGAGGAGCUAGUCACGCCGAGGGCCCCGGCGGACGUGAAGAGUGAUGGGGAAGUAAGCAAGGGCACUGAGAGUGAGGAGGAGAGUAGUGAGAGUGAGAGCGAAAGCGAGAGUGACAGUGAGAGUGAGGUGGAAGAUGAAGACGAAGCGGAUCACGGAAAGGCGUUCACAUCCACAGGCUCUAAACGAAACAUCAAAUGGAUUAAAGGCGCCCUCAUCGGUGCCGGAUCCUUCGGUAGCGUCUAUCUUGGUAUGGACGCUCAUAAUGGUCUUCUCAUGGCCGUCAAGCAGGUUGAACUGUCUACUGGAAGUCAGAAGAAUGAUGAGCGGAAGAGAAGCAUGCUGUCGGCAUUGGAGAGGGAGAUAGGGCUGUUGAAAGAGCUGCAGCACGAGAAUAUCGUGCAGUAUCUGGACUCGUCUGCCGAUGCCAACCACCUCAACAUUUUCCUCGAGUAUGUUCCCGGUGGUUCAGUCGCCGCUCUCCUUAGCAAUUACGGCGCGUUCGAAGAAGCUCUCGUUCGAAACUUUGUGAGGCAGAUUUUGACCGGUCUGAACUAUUUGCACGAGAGAGAUAUUGUGCAUAGGGACAUCAAGGGGGCGAAUAUAUUGGUAGACAACAAAGGCGGUAUCAAAAUCUCAGACUUUGGUAUCAGUAAGAAGGCCGAAAACAGCAUACGUACCAAUCGACCAUCCCUUCAAGGAUCUGUCUUUUGGAUGGCUCCCGAGGUCGUCAAGCAGACGUCGUACACCUCAAAAGCGGACAUUUGGAGCGUGGGAUGCUUGGUGGUGGAAAUGUUGACUGGGACACAUCCUUGGGCGGAUUUGACGCAGAUGCAGGCUCUUUUCCGGAUCGGACAAAUGUCCAAACCGGCCACGCCAGCCGACGUCUCUUCCGAAGUCGCCGAUUUCCUCGACAAGACGUUCGACUUUGAUCACACCAAACGACCUACUGCUCCGCAGUUAUUGGAGUGUUCGUUCAUGAAGACGCCUGUCGAUAGUGGAGCAGCUGGAGCGGCAGAAACGGGAUCAGAGGGCGGUAUAGAGAGGGCGCAGGCUCAGAUGAUGGUUGUGGGGACGCAGAUGCAGCAGCAGGCAAAAGUGAGGGGGAUGAUCUGAUACCGUGUUGUCAAUGACGGAUGAGUUUGAGGCGUGUAACAAUCAUGUCAGGCUUUCCAACUAGGAUCCAACGAACGUUUACAGGACUGUAUCUGCGUGACAGCUGGAACCUCAUCGAUGUUAUCUCGUAAGACCCUAGCUUAGAACCUCACAAAUCCCAAGCCUUGUUCGAUACAGGGGUCUAGCAUAACACAUACAGUCUCUUCACCUGUCAACACUGAAAACGAGACAUAUCCAAGUCGUCCAUCCGCUAGGGACCUUUACGCCUUCUAUUAGAAUAUCUUCGUCCAUCGAGCAUCACGUCACCACUGCGCGGAGUUCUACUUUUACGGGUGCAUCGCCCAUCUCAUAUGCCAUAAUCACAUGUUAUAUGAACCGAGUACCAUUUUCCUAUCCUCCACAUUUCAAAUCCAG